ACCUGAGCCAUCUGCUCCCCUCCCGCUGAAGAGGGAGAAGUGGGGAGGGGGUGUUUCAGCUCUUUCUUCUGAGUGACAGCUGUCAGCCAAGAAUCUGUAUCCUGCCUCUAAGCAAAGGCAGUAAAAGCCGUCAGACCAGAAACUGUGAAGUGUGCUCCCAUGGAGCUGUCUGCCUCCACCCAUAAAUUUUUUUGGUUCAAACUUUACUUUCAAACCUACACUGUGCUGUAGGUUUUUCCCAUUAUUAUUCUCUAUAUUCUUCAUUAAAAGAUAAAAAGUGCAUAAUUACAAGUGCACAGAGUAAGAUAAGACACAAAACAGAAGAAGAGAAGAGAAGAAAGAAUACCCAGGAAUUUCUGCCUUGAAGUGUCAUAGCUCCAGCACCAUGAAUCAUUUCACUCCACGCAAGGGCAACACCACGUCAAAUACUUACACAGGAGGUGGCAUUAGAAACUGCUCCCAUGCUGAAAAUGUUUGCACAGAUGCACAACUUACAUUGACUAUUGAUAAAGAGGUUUUGAUAAUAAGCUACAAAGGCUGCGCCAGCAAAGACCUUAUGGAUGAAACAAAAUCAAUCACCUCUGGUGACCGACACUUUGCCAUCCAGUUCGACCAGAGCUACUGUUUCGGUGACCUUUGCAAUGCGAAAACGAGGGUAGUUUCCAAGACCCCUAUCAAGGACAAAGUAACAGGCUCCAACCAGUGUUACUUUAUCUUUGGUUGGGGCUCCAGUGGAAGCAUCAAGGAGACUAUGAAAUGCAGCAAAGACUACAACCGGUGUUACCAAGGCAGCAUGAACAUUACUAUUGCACUAGAUGAAGGAGGAUCCAGCUCCGUGCGGAUGAUUCUCAGGACCUGCCAGCGCUCAGCCUGCGAUGUUAUAAAGAGCCAGUCCUUCGGCCCUAUAAAUAUCACCAGCGAGUCGGGGCCUUGCUGCUCCGGCAGCAAAUGCAAUUGGAAGGAUGAUGGCUUUUAUUUCAAUAUGAGAAGCACUGCCAAGCCAAACCUCUUUUCUGAUCAGGAUGAGGAUGUUAACCUUGGACAUGCAACAGAGCCUGUCACCCUGGAGUCAGGUUUCCAAGGGCUCAGCCCUCAACUUUGCCCUCUCCUGGCAGCAUUAGGAGCCACUGUUCUUGGGAUAUGGGGCUGAGAAAGGGGCUUUGGGAGCACCUGAACUGCUGAAACCUGCAUUUGGGUUUGGAAGGGCUGUGUUGUGGAGAAGGAAGGAAGG